CGACUUCCCGCCCAUACGUUUCGCAAGUCUUUUUUCUUCAUCCCAUUCUAUAAACAUCAACAGCCAGUUUCUAUUCCUUCUUUCUUCUCCAACAGCUGUGCUGUUCCUUUCCAUUACUCGUAUUCAUUUCAUUUCGCUAGUCGAAUAAAGUUAGCCAGUCGUUGACGACUUUGAAUCAUCCGACUUUUUUUUUACCCUACCACACCAAAAUAAUCACAAUGCGUUUCUCUCUUGCUCUAGUUGCGGCUUACGCUGCCUUCGCCCAGGCUGGUGUCUUCACCCAACAGAAGUACAACGACAUCUCGAUCUCCGGAGGUGUUGCCGGUAACGCACAAGAAGAAGCCCUCGCCGUCUUCAGUGCACUGGACUUAAACAACCUGGCCAGCGCCGAUAAGGACGACCUCGACUUCCUUAACUCGGUUAACAAGAUCUGCAACCAAGCUGAGGAGCAGGCAUUCAACCCUGCUAUCGACGAUGCCUCCGGUGAGGCUGCCGAUGCUCUCCAGCGCGGCAAGAUAAAGAACAAGGUUCUCAAGCUCCAGGCCACCAUCUUUCGCUUGAUGAUCGAGCAAGCCCAGGGACAGGAUGUCUCCGCCGACAUGGCUAAGGAGCAGAAGAAGCUUGACAACAACAUCAAGCAAGAUGAGGACGAGGCUGGCAAUGCCUCAACCUUCCUGUCCUUCGAUGCCACCACCUCUUAAAUUAUCGAAACGAAGACCUAGAGUCUAGAGAGGAGGAAUACCCAUUUUGGUUAAGCAUAAUAACCCAUAUACCCGAAUUUUCAUGGGCAAGGGGUGGAAAUGUAUGGAUACGAGUAUGGACUUUAAUUCUUGAUACCGAAGGAAAGAAAUACAAUAUUUUCUGUUGAUUUAAACCUGAGUUUUGUCUAUG